AUGUUUAUGGGUUAUGAUACUGCACUUUUUUCAAUGUAUUUAUUCCUUACAGGAGAUUCAAGUGCUUUAUCUAACUGGGAAUAUAAAGAGAAUCCAUCUCUUACUUUCUUAAUGAUAACAAUAGAACUUCAUAUUUUACACAAAAAGCAAAGAUAUUAUCAUGCUGAUUUAGAUGAGACAUGUAGAAAAAUUAGGGAACUAAUUAAAGAGAAUGAAUGGGAUUCUGAGUAUUUUCCAGAAAUGAAACAAAAUUUGUUAAACAAGCUCAAUAUUCAGGAAAAGUCCGAUAAAGAUGUGUUAGAUAUACUUUUAAAAAGUUUGAAAGGUAUAUCUGAAGUUCAGAAUUCAUAUAAGCAAAUUUUCAAUGAAAAUAGAAAAUCCUGA